AUGAUUCUACAUGGGCUGUGGUGCUCAGAUGGAUCCGAGAGCCAGCAUCAUCAAGACGCCCCGCCUUUGGUAUAUCACUGCCGGGUCAUACUGGCAAUGCUGCUGUUGAGCUCAUGGUUUGCAGUUCAAGUGUGGUCAGACAUAGCACGUCUCACCGGGGCCACCCCGCAAUUCUCGAAGCAUGAUGAAGGAUGGCCAAUUGGUGAGUUUUCCAUGUUCGUCCAUCCUUCGGAAACAUCAAACUAUGCACGCUCUCUGUCUCUCGAGAUGUUGGUCAGUUGCGGCCUUUGUGUGAAGAAGUCGCGGGACAUUUGGUCCCCCACGAAGAGGGACUGA